AUGGCUGUCUGGGACAACUUGAUCCGCUUUGGCCGCCCCUGCCACCGGUCGUCCGUCAAGGGUUAUGCGACCAUUGACGAUCUGGAGUCCGAGACUGGUGGUGUCGAUGUGACGGUCGAGAAGCUUCUCGCUCCCGUCCCAACGACAGGCAUCCCCAUCAUCUGCGUUGGCCUAAACUACUGGAACCACGCCAAUGAGGCGUCGCUCACGUCGGCACUCGUCGCACGGCUCUCUAUUCCCGCAACUCCGCCCAUGUGGUACAAGCCUGCUGCAUCUCUGGCUGACCUGGACACUGAAGUGCCGUUCCCAGUGCAGGCGCAGAAAUUCUUCCCCGACUUUGAGGGCGAGCUCACCAUUGUGCUGCGCAAAAGCAUGAAGAAUGUAGCGGCUGCCGACCGGUCGUGCGGUGGGCAGUACACGUACGCCAAGGGUUUCGACAAGUUCGCGCCGCUGGGCCCGCGGCUGGUGAACCCGUCGCACAUCACGCCCGACGCGCGCGGCAGCAUCACGACGCGCGUCAACGGCUGCACAGUCCAGAACAGCCCUCUCGACUUCAUCUUCGCCGUCGACCAGCUGCUGAGCUUUCUGUCGCAGACUACCACGCUCCCGGCUGGCACCGCCAUCCUCACGGGCACCCCGGCGGGCCACGGCGACGUGGUCGAGGUCGAGGUCAAGCCUAUUGGCGUGCUCAAGACGACGAUUGUGUUUGAGAAGUAGACGGUGGCAAAGGCACGGCUGGCGUCAGGUGGAGAUGUGUCACGAUUAUAGUAAUG